GCGCCGCCUCCUCGCGCCGAGGCUCCGGACUCCCACUUGGCUCCUGAACCCGAACAGUUGGCGCUGAAAUCACUUUACUCCUCCUCCUUCCCGAGACCCCCCCAACUCCCCGCGCGCCAUCUCCCGUCCCCACCACACACCCGAGGAGUAACCCCCUAAACGCGGCGAGAAGCGGCUCCCAACUCUUCGCCGGGAGCAGGUUGGAGGCAGGAUUGCGAGAGACUCGGGAUUGGGGUCUGUCCCAACCCCUGCUCCCGAAUCCGGCUGGAUUUUCCUGUUUUACUAGAGGAUUUUCUUAUUACCUUCGAAUACUCCGUUUCACAAAAUUUCUGGAGGAGCUCGGUGAAGAUUUUGGGGAUCCUAUUCUAAAGGGGGGACGCGUCGAGGAGCAUUUAUCGAUUUUUCGGUGCUUCGACUCCCCCUUUGGACGAGAGCGCCGCGAGAGGAGGGCAGCGUGGAGCGGACCGGCGGGGCGCGCCCGCCGAGCACCUCCUUCCCGGGCGCCCCCUCCCCGCUCCCCCGACACACACUCGCGGCGGCUCGCGGCGCGCGCACACCCCCCGCGCCGGACCCGCAUCUCGGCGGGCGCCUGGCACUCGGCAGCCCGAGCCGCGGCAGCCGCAGCGGGAUGGAGGCGGCGCGCACGGAGCGCCCCGCGGGCUGGCCCGGAGCGCCCCUCGCCCGGACGGGGCUCCUGCUCCUGUCGACGUGGGUCCUGGCGGGCGCCGAGAUCACUUGGGGCGGUCCCGGACGCCCCGCGGCCCCGGCUUCGCGGCCGCCGGCGCUGCUGCCUCUCGCGCCGCGGGCAGUGGCGAGCCCGUGGCCGGAGGAGCGGGUGGCGGCGCCCCGGCGGAGAGGCGCCGCUCCGGGGCGCCGGCCGGGACCGGAGCCGCUGCCCCAGCCGGGCGGCCGCAGCGGCGGCGGCGUGAAGAAGCAAGAGGCCGGGGCACCGACGCCCGUGGGCGCGCGCGGGGGCCAGGGCAGCCCGGCUCCUGGCAAGCCCGGCGGCGUGAGGAGGAGCCGCCGGGCGCAGCCCCCCGCUGCCCUGGGGCGCGCGGACGUUCGGGCCACCGCCUUGGCUGACGGCUCCAAAGGCGGCCGCCCUCUGGCCAAGGGGCUCCGGGAGGAGGUGAAGGCGCCGCGGCCCGGGGGCGCGGCGGCAGAGGAGCUCCGGCUGCCCAGCACCUCCUUCGCGCUGACCGGGGACUCGGCCCACAACCAAGCCAUGGUGCACUGGUCGGGACACAACAGCAGCGUUAUCCUUAUUCUGACGAAGCUCUAUGACUUCAACCUGGGGAGCGUGACGGAGAGUUCACUCUGGAGAUCAACAGAUUAUGGCACCACUUACGAAAAGCUGAAUGACAAAGUGGGUCUGAAGACCGUCCUCAGUUACCUGUAUGUCAAUCCCACCAACAAGAGGAAGAUCAUGCUUCUUAGUGAUCCUGAAAUGGAGAGCAGCAUAUUGAUCAGCUCGGACGAAGGGGCGACCUACCAGAAAUACCGGCUUACCUUCUUUAUCCAGAGCCUGCUCUUCCAUCCCAAGCAAGAGGACUGGGUACUGGCCUACAGUCUCGAUCAAAAGCUCUACAGCUCCAUGGACUUUGGAAGACGAUGGCAACUCAUGCAUGAACGCAUCACCCCUAACAGAUUUUACUGGUCGGUGGCCGGACUAGAUAAGGAGGCUGACCUGGUGCACAUGGAGGUGCGGACUGCAGAUGGAUAUGCCCACUACCUCACCUGCAGGAUCCAGGAAUGCGCCGAGACAACUCGGAGUGGGCCUUUUGCCCGCUCCAUUGACAUCAGUUCCCUGGUGGUCCAGGAUGAAUAUAUCUUCAUUCAGGUAACAACUGGUGGAAGAGCCAGCUACUAUGUGUCCUACCGGAGAGAGGCCUUUGCCCAGAUAAAGCUGCCCAAAUACUCUCUGCCCAAGGACAUGCACAUCAUCAGUACCGAUGAGAACCAAGUUUUCGCAGCAGUCCAAGAAUGGAACCAAAAUGACACGUACAACCUCUACAUCUCAGACACGCGUGGGAUCUACUUCACCCUAGCCAUGGAGAAUAUUAAGAGCAGCCGAGGUCUAAUGGGAAACAUCAUUAUUGAAUUGUACGAGGUAGCAGGUAUCAAAGGGAUAUUCCUGGCCAAUAAGAAGGUGGAUGAGCAGGUGAAGACAUACAUCACUUACAACAAAGGCAGGGAUUGGCGCCUGCUGAAAGCUCCAGAUGUGGACCUGAGAGGAAGUCCUGUCCACUGCCAGCUGCCCUUCUGCUCCUUGCACCUGCACUUGCAGAUCUCUGAAAACCCGUAUUCCUCAGGAAGGAUCUCUAGCAAGGAGACGGCCCCGGGACUUGUGGUGGCAACAGGCAACAUUGGCCCAGAGCUCUCAUACACUGAUAUUGGUGUGUUCAUCUCUUCUGAUGGGGGCAACACAUGGAGACAGAUCUUUGAUGAAGAGUACAAUGUCUGGUUCCUAGACUGGGGUGGCGCCCUCGUGGCCAUGAAACACACUCCUCUGCCAGUCAGGCAUUUGUGGGUGAGCUUUGACGAGGGCCACAGCUGGGACAAAUACGCCUUCACUACAGCUCCGCUCUUUGUCGACGGUGCUCUGGUGGAGGCUGGCGUGGGGACGCAGAUCAUGACAGUUUUUGGUCACUUCAGCCUCCGCUCUGAAUGGCAGUUGGUGAAAGUAGACUACAAAUCCAUCUUCAGCCGGCGCUGCACCAAAGAGGAUUAUCAGACCUGGCACCUGCUCAACCAGGGGGAGCCCUGUGUCAUGGGAGAAAGGAAGAUAUUCAAGAAACGCAAGCCAGGAGCUCAGUGCUCCCUGGGCCGAGAGUCCUCAGGAACAGUGGUGUCAGAACCCUGUGUCUGUGCAGACUGGGACUUUGAGUGUGACUAUGGCUACGAGAGACAUGGAGAAAGCCAGUGUGUCCCAGCUUUCUGGUAUAAUCCAGCAUCACCGUCAAAGGACUGCAGCCUUGGUCAGAGCUAUCUUAACAGCACUGGGUACCGGCGGAUCGUGUCCAACAACUGCACAGAUGGGCUGAGGGAGAAGUACACCGCCAAGGCCCAGAUGUGCCCUGGGAAAGCCCCUCGGGGCCUCCACGUGGUGACCACUGACGGACGCCUGGUGGCCGAGCAGGGGCACAACGCCACCUUCAUCAUCCUCAUGGAGGAGGGUGAUCUCCAAAGGACAAACAUCCAGCUUGACUUCGGGGAUGGGAUUGCGGUAUCCUAUGCCAACUUCAGCCCCAUCGAGGAGGGCAUCAAGCACGUAUACAAGAGCGCGGGUAUCUUCCAGGUGACUGCCUACGCAGAGAACAACCUGGGCUCUGACACCGCCGUCCUCUUCCUGCACGUGGUCUGUCCCGUGGAGCACGUUCAUCUCCGAGUUCCAUUUGUCGCCAUAAGAAACAAAGAGGUCAACGUGAGUGCGGUCGUGUGGCCCAGCCAGCUGGGGACCCUCACCUACUUCUGGUGGUUCGGCAACAGCACGAAGCCCCUCAUCACCUUGGACAGCAGCAUUUCUUUCACAUUCCUUGCAGAGGGAACCAACACUAUCACAGUGCAGGUGGCUGCAGGGAAUGCACUUAUCCAGGACACAAAGGACAUUGCAGUUCAUGAAUAUUUCCAGUCCCAGCUCUUAUCAUUCUCUCCUAACCUGGAUUACCACAACCCGGACAUCCCCGAGUGGAGGCUCGAUAUUGGCAAUGUCAUCAAACGAGCUUUGGUUAAAGUAACCAGUGUCCCAGAAGACCAGAUCCUCGUUGCCGUGUUCCCUGGCCUCCCCACUUCUGCAGAGCUCUUCAUCCUGCCCCCCAAGAACCUGACAGAGAGGAGGAAAGGCAAUGAAGGGGACCUAGAACAAAUCGUAGAGAUGCUGUUUAAUGCUCUAAACCAAAACUUGGUACAGUUCGAGCUGAAGCCAGGGGUUCAAGUCAUUGUGUAUGUCACCCAGCUGACAUUAGCCCCCUUGGUGGACUCCAGUGCUGGGCACAGCAGCUCAGCCAUGCUAAUGCUCUUGUCAGUGGUAUUCGUUGGUCUGGCUGUGUUUCUGAUCUACAAGUUUAAGAGGAAAAUCCCCUGGAUUAACAUCUAUGCUCAAGUCCAACACGACAAGGAGCAGGAGAUGAUUGGAUCAGUGAGCCAAAGUGAAAAUGCCCCCAAAAUCACACUCAGUGACUUCACUGAGCCUGAAGAACUGCUGGACAAAGAACUGGACACCCGGGUCAUAGGGGGUAUUGCCACCAUCGCAAACAGCGAAAGCACAAAGGAAAUCCCCAACUGCACUAGUGUUUAAUACCAACAAGCCACACGGUCAACCAUCUUUCUGACUUUUUAUUUUUGAAGAUUACUAUUACAAUUAUGGACAAAUGAAAGUGUCUUUUUUACCUUUUGUUUACUAAGGGCCCCUUCAAAAAUAGCAGGUAGAUGCUUAGCUUUGGGAGGCAAAGGCAUUCUUAGCUGAUUAAAAUGAGACAAAAGAAUAAACAGCUGUCUUUCUGCUAAGGGCACAGAUGCAUCUGCCCAUAGCCUUCUUGCUUUCUUCUGCCAUCAAUAGUGCCAAGACUGGCUUUUUUCUUGUGGUCUCUCUUUGUAUUUUUAAAAUUGAGUUGGCUUUUCAUUCACCUCUCAUCCCCUCAAGAUCACCCACACCUCCCCUUGGCGUACAUACCUGAACCCCAAACUAUAUCCCAGUAGAUCUGCAGGAGGUAGGUUGGUGGGGAAUGAUCUUAGCUGCAGGAAGUGAAGCGUGCACACCUAGGAGAGAGGCCCUGCCUCGUGCAUGUCUUUAGUGAGGCUGCAGAUGGCUUAUUGUAUAUAGUUACAGUGUAAAUAGCUUUUUAUUUCCUAAGAAAUAAUUUAAUGUUUAGUAAAAAAGAAAACAGAAAAAAGAAAGAUGUGCGUGUGUGUGUGCGUGUGUGUGUGUGUCGGCUUAUGCACUCACCCCCAGAGCUGACCAACCCCCAGACCUGCUUGAUGUGUUGGGUUCUGGAUGUGCUGCAGUUGUCUGUCACACUUAACUCUUGCAUCUCCAUGUCCACACCAUAGCUGGUUUCUACUGAUGUACAGAAAGGGGAACAGUGGGAGGCUUCUUUGGUGUAGCUGGUGAAGGGAGAAUGACAGUGACCUCAGGGAACAUGGGGGUCUCUUAGUUUCAUCGGUGACAUAGAAGAAGUUGUAAGAGGAAGCCCACUAGAGAUUUCAAACUGAGACCCAGGUGGGAAAACCAUGCUCUCCUCCAAAAGGAAAACGUGAGGAUAUGUAUCAGUCUAAGAAGCAGGUUCCUUUUCAAGAAGCCAGGGAUGGAUCAGAAAUUGGCCAUUAUUCUGUCUUCCGGUUGGAUUCCAUGGAAAUAUGUUAUGCUCAUGGGGACUCGUUAGCAGUCCUUAGCUCAGAAAAGGCCUCUGGGCUCCAGGUUAAGCCUGGUUAAGCCUCUUGGUGUAGGAGGAGGUAAAGGUUGGCAGGAAGGUGGUAUCUGUGGACUCACAAGUCCAGGCAGAUCCUGCAGGCCAGCGAGGGGGGUAGCCUUUGCUGAUAUUAGUCAAAGAUGAUUUUAGCAAAGCUGUGCUAUUUGCUUAUCAGAUGUACACAACUUCUUUAGAGUCAGAUGUCUACCUACGGUUCUCUUCAGCUAGUUCUUGCCUCUAAGGCUGUCUUUGCCAGUCUUCUUUCCAACUCCCCAUCCAUUCACACAUUGACACAUACCUGUUUUAUCAAUACAGUCACAGGAAACCAUGCUAUAUGCACAACUUUUAUUUUCAGGCUCAGAAGGAGCUCACUUAUUUUUAAAAAUGAUGUACUAUGUAUAUAGAUGGGAGGAAAGCUGAAUUUUGUACCUAUUAAUUUAUGUGGGGUAUUGGUCACAGCCUGCUCUGUGAGACACUGAGAGAGUGUGAUCUAGAGAAAUCUGACUGGCUACAGCAUAGAUUGGGACUAGGAGAAUUUCUGAAGAUCCUGCUUUUUUGUUUCAAGGGUUAAAUGGGGCAGACAAUUGCAAUACUUGUACUAAACACUGGAAUACAAAUGCAUGAGUCAUAUCUAUAUAUACAGUAUAUGUACAUAUACUGUUCUUGGUUUUAUUGUUCCAUUUGAAUAUUUCUACUGUAAAAAAAAAGACAGUGGUUUUGAAAUUGUUGAAAAUAAAUGUAUUUUUGUACAUCAAAGUUA